CUCCUUCUCGCCUCCAGCUUCGUCUCUGUUGAAGCCUCUUCAACUUCGACUGCAUUUAGGAUAUUGCAGCGCAAUGUCACCUCAGCCGACCCAGGCCCUCUGGACUGCACCACCGACUUCAGCAAUGAUUACUACGGCUUCGGAGUUAGACUGGGUGUUUACUUCUCCUGGCUUAGUUCUUACUUUGCCAACCUGUUACUGCCAUCGGAGAUCGCAGGCUCUCUGGACACAAACUCCAUAUUCCUCCUAGCUCUCAUCGCAAGUCUCUUCAAUGGCACGCAUCUUAGGCAGAUCCAGCAGAUCGAUGCCCUUAUUAUCAUGCAGCUAAGCUCGGGAUUCUUAUUUAGUAGUUUCAGCAUCUGGGGCUACAGGACUUCGUAUUACGAGAAGGAGGGUCCCGCUGCUAUCAAGCGGUUUGGAGGAUGGGGUACGCAUUGCAGGCUUUUGUUGACUGCCGCUAUCAGUAUUUAUGGAACGUGGUUUUGGUGGGAAGGUGUGAGGGAUGGACUGAUUACUUCUGACAAUCCAGAAUGUCAAAAGAUUUUCACUUGGUUCUUCGCAUACCUACUGGUCCGUGGUGGUAUCGACAAGUUUUACAUUGUCAUCACAAUGUGUUGCUCAAUAUAUUACUGCACUAUGCUCGUCGCGGCAAUCUUCGCCGUCAUUGCCAAGGUAUUCCGGACCGGACUGAGAGAAAAGCUGGUCUUUGAAACUGGGUUCAGCGCCUCGGAACUAAAAUUGCUGUUUAAAAUUUUCCGCAUAUUCAACCUCUUCUGGAUCCUCUUCUGCCUCCUCAUGGUCGAGAUGACUCUCAACAAAAACCACAUGCGACGCACGAUCGCACAGGAUGGUGGGAUUCGGUUUCCAUCCCAAUUACUGCCUCUACUCAUCGGCGGACUCAGCUUUAUCAGAGUAUUGUGGUUGAUAUACGCCGAGGGAAGAGAUCGCGUCAAGGAAGCUUCGAAGAAUAACAAUGAGCGCUUUGCGCGCCACGAAACAAUGACAAAGCCGUCGCUGCGGAACGGGUAUGGACUCGGCCUCGCCUUUCUCAAGAUCCUGUCUCCUUCGAGACAACCCCGUGAUGUGCCCAUAUUCGCAUUGGAGGAGGAGAGUUUGCCAACUUUUCUUGGACCUUGGCACCACAGAUAUCUAGUUGCUUUGCUCCCCUGGUUGUCAACGUUCGAAUCUUGGAAGAUG